AUGGCGAUCGACAAGACUUGGACGACAUUGAGAAAUCGUGCUUGUCGAGAAUAUUGGAACGGUCUACAAGCUUUUUUGAUGAUGGCGUCGGAAUAUAAGGAUUCCUCUGGUAGAAUUAGGUGUCCGUGUGUUAGAUGCAUAAAUAAUAGGCUUGAAACAAUACCUAUGGUGAAAGCACACGUAUUCGAUUGGGGUUUUCAUCGAGGUUACGAGAAGUGGAUAUAUCACCGUGAAGCGGAAGCAGAUGUUGCCAAUGUGGUGGACGCCAAUGACGAUGAUGUUGAUGAGAUGAUUCCAAUGGUCGAAGACUUCCUUCUACCUACAACCGAAGAAGUAGAAAAUAACCCUGCGGCGGGACAAUUUUAUGACGAUCUGUUUGACGAGAUUGAGGCUGAGUUAUAUCCUGGUUGCAAUUGGAUAUCUUCUCUUAACUUUUUAGCAAAAUUAUUGCAUUUGAAAGUUAGAGGCAAGAUUCCCAAUAAAAUCUUCGAUGAAUUACUGAAAUUACUAAAGCUUGCAUUUCCGAAGGGAAAUAAAAUUCCAUCAACGUACUACGAGGCUAAAAAAAGAUUACAGAAAUUAGGGUUAGGGUAUGUGUCAAUUCAUGUAUGUGAACAUGAUUGUUGUUUGUUUUACAAAGAGCAUUCAACUAAAGAGACUUGUCCAAUUUGCGGAAGUAGUAGAUGGAUUUCUCCUGAAAAAACUGAUGGAAAAAAGGUACCACAUAAGGUGAUGCGUUACUUUCCAUUAACUCCUCGAUUAAAAAGACUGUACAGUUCAAGACUUACAGCGAAGCAAAUGUUAUGGCACUAUACUGGGAAAUCAAAAGAUGAUGGGAUAAUGAGACACCCAGUGGAUGGGUUAGCAUGGAAGGAUUUCAAUGCCAAACAUCUUGAUUUUGCUAGUGAACCUCAGAAUGUUCGUUUAGGUUUAGCUGCAGAUGGUUUCAAUCCGUUUGGCAACAUGAGUCAAGCAUAUAGUAUGUGGCUUGUGGUGUUGGCUAACUACAAUCUUCCACCUUGGAUGUGUAUGAAAGAUAAUAAUUUCAUAUUAUCCAUUCUUAUUCUUGGACCAAAAUCACCGGGAAAGGACAUGGAUAUAUUCUUGAGACCAUUGGUGGAUGAGUUAAAGGAGUUGUGGGUUAAUGGUGUCGAUACAAGAGAUAGUAUAACCAAUACUAUGUUCAAGUUGCGUGCAGCCUUAUUAAGAUUCCUUCCAAGUAACCAUCGAAUGAGAAGAGACACUCAGUUUGACGGACAAAUCGAGAGAAGGCGUCCACCAAGACGUUUUACUUGUGAGGAAAUAUUAGAACAAGUAAACAAACUUGUACCACAAGUUCCUGGAAAACACAAGAUGUUUGGAGGUGUCAAACGUAGGCGUAUUGCAGAAGAUCGAAAUUGGAGGAAGAAAAGCAUAUUUUAUGAGCUUGAUUAUUGGUCUUCGAACACUUUAAAACACAACAUUGAUGUCAUGCAUGUGGAGAAGAAUGUGUGUGAUAGUUUGUUAGGCACAAUCUUGGAUAAUGAUAAAUCCAAGGACACCACUAAUGCAAGACAUGAUUUGAAAAAGUUUGGAGUAAGGGAAUCGUUGUGGAUAUAUGAAGAUGACAGCGGAAAGUUAAUGAAGCCUCAUGCCCCUUAUGUUCUCACAUCUGAUCAAAGAAUGCAGUUUUGUAAAUUUAUUCGAGAUGUGAAAUUUCCAGAUAAUUUUUGUUCCAAUUUAAAGAAGAAAGUAAAUGCUGAUUUAACAAAUAUCAGCGGUUUAAAGUCCCACGACAGUCAUGCAAAUUUGUGCAAGAACUAUAAAGGUUAG